UUAUUUCUUUGAACAUUCAUUUUGGUACUAAUUUCCUAUUAAUAAUAACUAAUCUGAUUGUACCUUUUCUAAGAAAAGAAAAAAGGUCGACUACAUGUCUUGUGAGACAAAAACUGGUCGUGUGUAAGAGUAAUUUGUAAAGUAUUAAAAAAAGAUUGAUCUUCUUAUAAUACUAAAUAUCUGUAUUUUAUUCUUUUCUUCCUUAUAUGUUGUUCAUUAUAUACUAUAAUACUGUGUAAUCUUAUCAGUCAUUGCGAGGCAGACUUUUCACUUAUAUAUGUUUACCAACGUUACUACUUCGUUUUGGCAGGGCAUUCGAAAGACCAACCCAUUUUUGCUAUCAAAAUCUUUUUCUUAUAGAAUGAACCAUUUUAACGCCUCUCUUGUUCCAAAGGACUUUCGUCCUUUCCGAAUUGGACUCAUUCAGCUUGCUUCCACUUCUAAUAAAGAUGAAAACUUGAAGAACGCGCGUUCUCAAAUUUCAGAAGCUGUACAAAAUGGCUCAAAAAUGGUCGUUUUGCCUGAAUGUUUCAAUUCUCCUUAUGGUAAUCAAUAUUUCAACGAAUACGCUGAGACAAUUGAAAAAACCUCUCCUACGUAUAACACCUUGCAUUCUAUUGCUAAAGAACUAAAAGUUUAUGUGUUUGGAGGAUCCAUUCCUGAAAGAAAAGAUGGCGAACUUUACAACACUUCCAUGGUUUUUAACCCAUACGGUGACUUGAUAGGUAUUCAUCGUAAAAUCCACUUAUUUGACGUGGAUUUCCCAGGAAAAAUGACAUUCCGUGAGUCUGAAACAUUGAAAUCUGGUAAUUCUAUGACAAUUGUGGAAACCGAGUUUGGCAAAAUCGGGUUAGGAAUCUGCUACGACAUCCGCUUUCCAGAAUUGGCUACAGUUGCUGCUAGGAAUGGUUGCUCUAUGAUGAUAUAUCCAGGUGCUUUUAACCUUACCACCGGUCCUUUACAUUGGGAGCUUCUUGCCCGAGCUCGUGCUGUUGACAAUCAAAUUUAUGUCGCUUCUUGCUCUCCAGCUCGUGAUGUAUCUGCCACUUAUCAUGCCUGGGGUCACUCUACUGUUGUUGGGCCUGAUGGCGUCGUAUUAUCUACUAUGGAUGAAAAGCCUGGUAUUGUCUAUGCUGAUAUUGAUCCAGAGAAAAUGGCUUCGAUUCGUAAAAGCAUUUCUUUAUACACCCAGCGCCGUUUUGACAUCUAUUCAGAAACAAAACCUUUAAAACUUAAUGAAAAUUAGAUUUUUUUUUUUCUUAAAAUGGUAUGAUAUUAAUUAAUUAGUUCAACUAAAUGUCUGUGUAUGAAUACAGGGAUGAAGUAAUUCUAAAAGUUCAAAAUACCCUUACAAAACCGUUUAUGUCAUUAAUAUUUUAAUUUAAUUAACGAUAAAAUCAUCGAUAAGCGCCCUUUCCAUUAUAACCGUUGGCAGGAGGAUAUCCAUAGCUGUACGGAUUACCACGAUUAUUCAUUUGAGAGUUACCAUAUGAAUAGCCCUGUUGACCAUAUCCACCUCUUGCACUAUAUGCAUUAGCAGAUCUUGGAAAACCACUUCCAUUGUUCCAUGGCGGUUGUAUACCUGUUUGGGCAAAUCCGUUGGUAACACCGGUAUAUGCUUGCUGGUUGUAGCUAUAGUUUUGUGACUGAUAAAAUGAGCGCUGAGCACCUUGAUAUCCGCCUCUUCGAGGGCCACCUCCUCGGAAAGAGCCGUUGUUUCGACGUCCAGCAUUGUUGCGUUCCGCACGAACGAUACUGACAUCCUCUGGUGUCAAUACCCUAGAGGGCAUCUUAACUCCCCGAAGAAGCAUCGACUUAUGAACGAAAUUUGAUUUUGGAACUUCAAACUGCAGACUUAAACUUUGGUUAUUUUCAAUGUUGCCGUAUUUCUGAAGUGCCUCAGCCGUAGUAACGUCCACUGGACACUGUACGGAAACAUUUGGUAGGAUGGAAUCAUCGUUGCUGACCUUACCAAAAAUGCCAUGUCCCACUUUCCCUGAUAACUUUAAAGGUUUCCCUUGUUUCUUUUUAGAGUACAGGUGUUUUACAACUUCCGGGUACAUGGGAUGAUGUUCUGAAACAAAGAGUAACGAAGAUCCACUCGUGUUUCUCCUGGCUUCAUCUUCACUAAGUGAAGGAUAAAUUCUGGAAACUGCAGAUAGCAAGCGAUUCUCAUCAAUAAAAGGAAGCAAUGCCACACCCUGCCACUCAAACUUCUUACCAUUCAAAUCUAUGACAAAGUCCUCUGGAUAAAAAUCAAUAAUUUCCGAA